AUGGGUGUCCCAGCGCUGUUCCGAUGGCUCUCCAACAAGUACCCCAAGAUCAUCUCGCCGGUGAUCGAGGAGCGUCCUUACGAGGUCAAUGGGGAAGAAGUUCCGGUUGAUACGACCCGUCCCAACCCCAAUGGAGACGAAAUGGAUAAUCUCUACCUGGAUAUGAACGGUAUCGUCCACCCGUGUACCCAUCCGGAGGGAAAGCCCCCGCCGGCGAACGAGCAGGAGAUGAUGCUGGAGAUUUUCAACUAUACCGAUCGCGUGGUGAACAUGGUUCGUCCCAGGAAGCUGCUGAUGAUCGCCGUUGAUGGCGUGGCACCGCGAGCCAAGAUGAACCAACAGCGCGCACGACGUUUCCGCUCUGCCCAGGAGGCUAGAGAAAACGACGAGAAGAAGGAGGAGUUCCGAAAGAUGCUGGCGAAGAAGAGUGGUAACAAGGCCGAUCAGGAUAUUCAGGAAGAAGUCAUUGAGAAGACUUGGGAUAGCAACGUGAUUACUCCGGGUACUCCGUUCAUGGACAUUCUUGCUGCUGCGCUGCGCUACUGGAUUUCGUAUAAGCUCAACACUGAUCCGGCUUGGGAAAAGCUCAAAAUCAUCAUUUCCGAUGCGACCGUCCCAGGAGAGGGAGAGCAUAAGAUCAUGGAAUUCGUUCGAUCGCAGCGAGCGUCGCCGGAGCACGACCCCAAUACUCGUCAUGUCAUCUACGGUUUGGAUGCCGAUUUGAUCAUGCUGGGACUUGCGACACAUGAACCCUAUUUCCGAGUUCUCCGAGAAGAUGUGUUCUUCCAAGAAUCAAAGGCACGGACCUGUAGGCUAUGUGGUCAACCCGGCCACAAGGCAGAGGAAUGCAGAGGCCAAGCCAAGGAGAAGAACGGUGAAUUCGAUGAAAAGGGCAAGGGUUCCUCGCUCAAGCCAUUCAUCUGGCUUAACGUCUCCAUCCUGCGGGAAUACCUUGCUGUCGAGCUCUGGGUUCCCGGGCAGCCAUUCGCUUUCGAUUUGGAGCGGGCCUUGGACGACUGGGUGUUUAUGUGUUUUUUCGUAGGAAACGAUUUCCUUCCGCACUUACCAUCGCUAGACAUUCGUGAGAAUGGUAUCGAUACCCUCAUUGCGAUCUGGCGCGACAAUAUCCCCGCCAUGGGUGGAUAUCUAACGCAAGAUGGACAUGUGGACUUCAAAAGGGCCCAGCUCAUUUUGCAGGGUCUAGCCAAGCAGGAGGACGCCAUUUUCCGUCGACGGAGACAAGUCGAGGAGAGAAAGGCUGCGAAUGAGAGAAGACGCAAGCAAGAGGACAAGGCUCGAGAGGAGCGUGCCAGCAAGCGAAGGAGAAGUUCGCCCAGCUAUGAUACGUACGAGCCCGCCGCACCCGCGAGCAACCGAGCUCGCGGUGGUGGCGACAAUGCCGCGCCCUCCUCGAUGCCGAUGGAGCUCAUCACUCCCGGACGAGGACAUUUAUCUAAAGAGUCCAGAGAGUUGACCCACAGCAUGGUGGUUAAUCGCGGCAAUGUCUACAGGGCCAAUAUGGCCAACAAAAGCGCCGCCGCCGUCCUCAAAGAUAAGCUCAUGAAAGGUUCGCAAGGCGACCAAGACUCUGAGGAGCCUACAGCCGAGAGCGAGGAGCCAUCGGGCGAUCAACCGGAGCAGACCUCGCCCUCCGUUCUCGGAAAAAGAAAGGCAGAGGGAGAAGAAAACGGAGGCAGCGCUCAGAACAACGAGUCGAAACCCCAACAGGAUGACAAUGAUAUGCCCCCCGACAACGUGCGUCUUUGGGAGGAAGGAUAUGCCGACCGAUACUACGAGCAAAAAUUCGGCGUCGACCCAGCCGACAAAGAGUUCCGACACAAGGUCGCCCGCGCAUAUGCGGAAGGUCUCGCCUGGGUUCUAUUAUAUUAUUUCCAGGGGUGUCCCUCGUGGACCUGGUAUUAUCCUUACCAUUACGCGCCAUUUGCUGCAGACUUCGUGGACAUUGGUGACAUGGAACUAUCAUUCGACAAAGGCACCCCGUUCAAGCCAUUUGAACAGCUGAUGGGUGUCCUCCCGGCCUCUUCUAACCACGCUAUCCCCGAAAUUUUCCACGACCUAAUGAGCGACCCGAAGAGUGAGAUCAUUGACUUCUACCCGGAGGAUUUCCCGCUGGAUCUGAACGGCAAGAAAUUUGCCUGGCAGGGAGUCGUUUUGCUGCCGUUCAUUGACGAGAAGCGACUCUUGACUGCCAUGGAAAAGAAAUACCCUUUUCUUUCAGACGAGGAGAAACUUCGCAAUGCCAUGGGUAAGGAGGUGUUGUUGAUCUCGGAUAGUCACCCAUUGUAUCAAGAUCUGGUCGCCAAUUUCUACUCCAAGAAGCAAGGUGCCCCCGAGGUCAAAUUGAACCAGCGUGUGAGUGAAGGAUUGGCCGGCAAGGUGGAACGCAACGACACGUAUAUUCCACACAGCUCUUUGGUAUCGACGCUCGAACAAUAUGGCAUGCCGAGCUUGGAUGAAGACCGCUCUUUGACGGUCAACUACGAGAUCCCCAAGUCUUCCCACAUCCACAAAUCCAUGCUGUUGCGCGGCGUUAAAUUCCCCGAGCCGGCUUUGGACUACGGCGACAUCAUGGCCGUCAAGAACAAAGCGCAGAACUCCGGUCGGUCGUUUGGAGGAGCUCCGUUCCGUGGCGGCGGAGGUCGCGGCGGUCGCGGCGGUCGUGGUGGUCACGGUGGUCACGGUGGUCACGACGGUCACAUCAACUACGCCAGCCAGGAGCGUCCCAACCCCUUCGCGGCGCAUUUGGAUCCCAACUUUAAGCCCGCCGGCAACAAUGCACCUUCAGGCUGGGUUCCUCCGCAGCCCGGAUCCACGGGAUACUCCCGAGGACCGCCCCCUCCUCCCCGUGGAGGCAUGCAGGGUUACUCUGAUGGUCGUCAGCAGUACCAAAACCGCGGCCCCUAUGGCGGACCGCCUCCCCGACAGAACUACGGACGAGACGAUUACUAUGGCCAGGGCCAGCCGCAGGGAUCCAACUGGCGCGGCCGGGGCGGAGGAUAUUCCCGAGGAGGUCACUCAGGUCGGGAUUCCUAUGGAUCGAGAAAUCAGGGUGGAUACGGGCGCUACUAG